CGGAACUCAAAGUCAGGGUUGCUAUGGUCCUGCGUCUCUGUGACCCGGUUCCCCGGUUCCGAUGUUGACGCUCCUCCGCCUGCGCUCCAGGCCGCCAUGGGGCCUGCGGGUCCGCCUCUUCAGCGGGAGUCCUGUGGACUUCCCCGCUGCCCGGGUCCGGUCCACUUUCCUCGACUUCUUCUGCACCAAACACGGACACAAGUUCGUCCCAUCGUCGCCGGUUCGACCCAGAGGAGACCCAAGUUUACUGUUCGUCAACGCGGGGAUGAACCAGUUCAAGCCCCUCUUUUUGGGAACGGCUGACCCCCGCAGUCACAUGACCUCGUACACCCGAGUUGCCAACAGUCAGAAAUGCAUCAGAGCUGGAGGCAAACACAACGACCUGGACGAUGUGGGCUGGGACUUGAACCACCACACUUUCUUUGAGAUGCUGGGCAGCUGGUCGUUUGGAGACUACUUCAAGGAGGACACAUGCUCGAUGGCGUGGAGCCUCCUGACGGAGCACUAUGGGAUUCCUGCCGACAGGCUCUAUGUGUCCUACUUUGCGGGGGACACCUCAGGUCUCCCACCUGACGAAGAGACCCGACAGAUCUGGUUGGACCUGGGAGUCCCUGCUGGUCGGAUCCUUCCCUUCGGACUAAAGGAGAACUUCUGGGAGAUGGGGGAUUCAGGCCCCUGUGGUCCAUGCACUGAGAUCCAUUAUGACCACGUCGGGGGGCGAGACGCUGCGGCGCUGGUCAACGGAGACAGUCCGGACCUGGUGGAGAUCUGGAAUCUGGUUUUCAUGCAGUACCACAGAGAGCUGGACCAGAGUCUUCGGCCACUGUCCCGCUUCAGUGUUGAUACCGGGAUGGGACUGGAGCGACUGGUGAGCAUCCUGCAGGGAACCAGGUCCAACUAUGAUACGGACCUCUUUCGCCCGCUGCUGGACGCCAUCCACCAGAAGUCUGAGGUGCGGGGAUACCAGGGAAGAGUGGGAGCUGCGGACGAGGGCCGGGUGGACAUGGCAUACCGCGUGGUGGCCGACCACAUCCGGACGCUGGCUGUCAGCAUCGCUGACGGGAUUCAUCCUGGAAUGUCAGGAGCAGAGUUGGUGCUGCGCCGGAUCUUGAGGAGGGCUGUGCGUUUCUGUGUGGAGGUCCUGAAGGCCCCCCGGGGCUCCCUGGCGAGCCUGGUUCCCACUGUUGUACAGACGCUGGGGGACGUUUACCCAGAACUGGCAACCCAUGCGGAGCGGAUCCGUGACAUCAUCAAUGAGAACGAGGACCACUUCCUGUCGUCUCUGGACCGUGGAACGCGACUCAUCAUGCGAACCCUCAGCAAGAUGGACUCGACACAAACCCACUUUCCCGCUGAGGUGGUCUGGUCGCUGCACCGGGACUUGGGUUUCCCUCUGGACCUGGUGGACCUGAUGCUGAAAGAGAAGGGUCACCAGGUGGACCCCCAGGAGUUGGAUCGGCUCAUCGCUGAGAAUCAGAAGGUGUGUAGUGGUGAUGCUUUGAUGUACUUCCUGUGUGCUGUGUUGAUGAUGUCAUCACUCUCCCUUCAGGUCACCUCUGAUCUCCGGGAGAGUGGACGCAGUCACGUGACCCUGGACGUGGUCAGCCUGGAGGAGCUGCGGCAUCUGAAGGUCCCGCCCACUGACGAGUCCCUCAAGUACGAGUACAGACGGGAGCAAGAUACGUACGUCUUCCCAGAAUGCCGAGCAACAGUACUGGCUCUGUACGACGGGGACAAGCUGGUGCCGGAGGUCACUGAGGGUCAGCGCUGCGGGGUUAUCUUCGACCGCACCUGUUUCUAUGCUGAGCAAGGAGGCCAGUCACAUGACCGCGGUUUCCUGACCAGGGACGGGUUACAGGAUGUUCCUCUGCCAGUGGAAGACGUGGGCGUGGCUGCCGGGUACGUGGUCCACCAGGUGACAGCUGCCUGUGGCCUGAAAACCGGAAACCAGGUGGACAUGCACCUGGACCAGGUCCACAGGAGGUCCUGCAUGAGGAACCACACGGCGACUCACUUGCUCAACUUCGCUUUGAGGUCGGUCCUGGGUCCGGUCGUUCAGCAGCGCGGCUCGCACGUGUCCGCCGAGCGACUUCGCUUCGACUUCAGUGUGAAGGGCUCCCUGAGUGAACACCAGCUGCAGCAGGUGGAGUCGCGUUUGAGUGACAUCAUCGCAGCGGAUCAGACAGUCUACUGCCAGGAGCUCCCCCUGCAGGCUGCCAUGAGUAUCACAGGGCUGCGCACAGUUGAUGAGGUGUAUCCUGACCCGGUCCGCGUGGUCUCCGUUGCAGUACCACUCCCUGACCUGCUGGCGGAUCAGAGAGAAGAGGAGACCAGCGUGGAGCUCUGCUGUGGAACGCAUCUGGUCCAGACAGGAGACAUCCAGGACCUGGUGAUCGUCUCGGAGCAGCAGAUGGUGAAAGGAGUCAGCCGGGUUGUGGCGGUUACGGGACGGGACGCCACACAGGCUCGGGAGGCGGGGCAUAUGUUAGCGCAGGAUGUGGACUCCCUGGAAGCCAGACUCUCGGGCACUGAUCCCUCCAGCUUAGAAGCCGCCUUGAUUCUUUCCAAGGAGGUGGGGGUGCUGUCUGAUGCCGUAGACUCCACACCCAUCCCCCAGUGGCAGCGGCGGGAACUGCAGAAGCGUCUGAAGCUCAUCCAGAGGCACAGCAAUACGAGCAUCAGGAAGCUGGAGGUCAAGCUGGCCAGUAGCCGAGCCCAGGACGUGCUGAAGAGGAACGGCAGCAAGAAAGUUCUGGUGGACCUGGUGGACACGGACUCAGAGUCGGUGUUGAUGAAGACGGUGAACCAGCUAAGUUCCGCCUCCCCUAGCAGUCAUGUGAUGCUGCUGUCCCACCAGAGGGAUUCUGGGAAGGUGGCAUGUGCUUGUCAGGUUCCCAAGGACUCCUCAUUCUCUGCUUCUGAUUGGGCGUUGGCCAUCUGUCAUCACCUCGGAGGCGGGGCUGGAGGAUCUAAGCUGGUUGCCAGGGGAACAGGUACCAGCAAUGACAUCAUGGCGGCUCUGAAGUGGGCUGAGCAUUUUGCACAAGUCAAGACUGGACAGUGAUGUUGGUAACUGUUUUUUACUCAAUAUAUUAAAAAAGUGAGAAGGUCAUUACCAUGGCUGAGCGUUGGUUGUGCGGACAGCAGGAGUCGCCAGACUAUCAUUUGGGUAACAAUAAUAUUUUUAUUGCUAAGUUUGGUGACCCGAUCAAAGAAAGUCUAGGAUCUGGAAAAAGGCCUCAGUUGGAUCUGCUGGUCCUGGUGCUUCUUUAUAUCAUGGUGAAGUUCAGCCACUGUGGAAGGAGCCUCAGUGAGCCACAAUAAGUGUGAUCUGUUACCGUGACGACCUGUACCUGCUGACAGUCCAGCUCGAUGGACCCGGUGUUGUCAA